UCUGUCUUCCAGCUGCUCGUGCUCCUUGGCACCGCUGAUGGUCAGUCGAAGCUGACCUCCGAGCAGAAUGCCAUCAGCCUCUCCCCUGGCAAGUACCGCCACCUCGACCGUGCCACCAACAAAGAGCUGAUCUGCGACAAAUGUCCCGCAGGAACCUAUGUGUCUAAGCAUUGUACGAAGAGUACCUUAAGAGAGUGCAGCCCUUGUCCAGAUGGGACCUUUACCAAGCAUGAGAAUGGCAUAGAGCGGUGCCACCCUUGCAGAAAACCCUGUGAACUGCCAAUGAUUGAGAAAACUCAUUGUACUGCCUUGACUGACCGCGAGUGCACUUGCCUGUCUGGUACGUUUCAGACGAACGAUACCUGCGUCCCUUACACGGUGUGCCCGGUCGGCUGGGGCGUCCGCAAGAAAGGAACUGAGACGGAAGACGUUAGGUGCAAGCCGUGCCCUCGUGGUACCUUUUCUGAUGUGCCUUCUAGUGUGAUGAAGUGCAAAACAUACACUGACUGCUUUGGGAAAAACAUGGUGGUCAUCAAACCAGGGACAAAGGAGAGUGACAACGUCUGUGGUUCUCCAGCGUCUCUUCCAAACACGUCUUUGACUUCGUCAAGCACCGAAGUGGGUGAAGAGCCCUAUGAAGUUCCACCAACCGCUCAUCUUCCCAAAGGUCUGAACUCUUCAGUUCCUGAUUUUGUCCCCUCUCCUGUGCCACACAUAUCCAGUAGCACAGCAGGCCCAGCGGGCUACUACAACGAAACCUCGGCCAACGAGACGGACGGCACUGGUGGGACCUUUGUGGGCUCCAGCACUGCUGGCCAGGCACAGAGCUACCGGCACAAGCAGACCAGCCAGGCGCUGGAGAAGCAGCCAUCGCUGGAGAUGUCAGGGGGCGAGAAGUCCAACGUCCCGUACAGGCCACCCCGGCGAGGUCAGCAGAAUGUCCACCAGCACUUUGACAUCAAUGAACACUUGCCGUGGAUGAUUGUCCUCUUCCUGCUGCUGGUCCUGGUGGUUAUUGUCGUCUGCAGCGUCAGGAAGAGCUCACGAACUCUGAAGAAGGGACCCAGGCAAGAUCCCAGUGCCAUUGUGGAAAAAGCUAUUAUGAAAAAGUCCACCACCCCCACGCAGAACAGGGAGAAGUGGAUCUAUUACUGCAACGGGCACGGCAUUGACAUCCUGAAGCUGGUGGCAGCCCAGGUAGGGAGCCAGUGGAAGGACAUCUACCAGUUCCUGUGCAACGCCAGCGAACGUGAGGUGGCAGCUUUCUCCAACGGCUAUGCGGCUGACCAUGAGCGCGCCUACGCCGCCUUGCAGCACUGGACCAUCCGCGGGCCCGAGGCCAGCCUGGCCCAGCUCAUCAGCGCCCUCCGCCAGCACCGUCGCAACGAUGUGGUGGAGAAGAUCCGAGGCCUGAUGGAGGACACCACACCGGUGCAAAUGCAGCCUCAGUGGCAAGCGCCGGAACCCUGCAACGACGACGGAAAGCUGGAAGCUGACAACCUGGCGCUGCCGGUGAGCCCCAGCCCACUCAGCCCCGCGCCCAACCCCAGCCCCAAGCCCCCCGAGGCGACCGUCCUCACCGUGGAGCCCUCUCCUUCAGAGAAGAAAUGUUUCUUCGUCGACGAAGCGGAGCCCCUCCUGCGGUGCGACUCGACCUCCAGCGGCUCCUCCGCGCUCAGCCGGACAGGCUCUUUUAUUACCAAAGAAAAGAAGGACACCGUCCUGCGCCAGGUGCGCUUGGACCCUUGCGACCUGCAGCCCAUCUUCGAUGACAUGCUGCACAUCCUUAACCCCGAGGAGCUCCACGUGAUAGAGGAGAUCCCGCAGGCUGAAGACAAGCUGGACCGGCUAUUUGAGAUCGCCGGAGUGAAGAGCCAGGAAGCCAGCCAGACCCUCCUGGACUCUGUCUAUAGCCAUCUUCCUGACUUACUGUAGGCACUGGGUCACCACACACGCUCCGAAUAUCUGCUAGAGCUAGCUUGGCACUCGUUAAGAUGACCGACAAUACGCAGGCAGGUUUUGUUGUAGAAUAUAUGGCCAGUAUUUUCGUUGAGGUGUCCUUGGUUUCUGGAGGGGGGGCAGUUUGCCAGCGUUGCACCCCUCCACCUUAACUCUAUCGCUCAGUCCAAGUCUCCGCACCCUCUGUCCCCUUCCCGAGCCUCUCUUCUCCGCGUUCUCAUUCCAAUCAGAUCAGUCGAUGCACUUUAAAAAAAAAAAAA